GUACAGUGUCCCCUCAUUAUCUAAAAACGGUCGCUUUGAUCGUAAAGAUACCCUAAUCGGGGCUUAUUCAAAUCGGGUAUGCUGCAGUAGUUAAUGAUUAUAUCCGCAAAAAGAGUCACUAGUGGAUUUACUUCCCAAUUAGGCAAGUAUGACUGUCUCGGUUUUCGCUGCAAAAAAAGAUUUUUGCAAUGGCUCCCAUCAGUCCCAUGGCGAAAAUUGUUAUUGUUUGAAAUCAUUGAAGAGUAAGAGUCCUAUAAGAAUCCAUUCAAAUCAUGCUUUUAGUAUUAUAAUAAUUGUUGUUUUGUCUUUAAUACAACAAUUACAAAAUGAACCAAAUACCGUUGUUAGGAGGUUCUCCCUUCCAAGACUUGAAGUCAAAUAGAACAGAAAGCCAUUGCUCUCUUGUUGCAAUUAUAGAUCCGUUAUACAACAAUGAAUCAAUAAAUCCUUGUUUCAUAAGGUCUCUUAUUUUUCAUAUAAAUGUUCUUAUAAGUAUCAUUGGUUUAUUCCAACUAUUAGGAAUCCUCUUUAAGAGGAAAUACGGUAAAUAUAAGAUACCUUUUGCUUUGGGGAAUUUAUUUUCAAUUAAAAAUGUUGGAUUACUUCAACUAUUCAAAAUAAGUACAGUUGUAUUUCAACUAACCAUUUAUAUCAUAUUAUAUGCCAAUGUUUCUGGAUUCUUGAACCUAUUAGGUGUAGGUUCAACCAUACUUUGUAUUACAUUAGUAAUACUUCCCUUACAGAUCAUUCAACCACUGAGAAAUGUUAUUUCUUGUGCAUCUGUAUUACUUUAUUGGAUAUUAUCCACCUUCAUCAAUAUUACUGUUUUGAUGAUAGACCGAUUUUUCAAAUAUAAGGUCUAUACCAGAGAAAGUGGUUCGAAUUUUAUUAUAUUAUUGGAACUAAUCUUAUUCAUAAAUUCAUGUGUUAUUUAUGUAUUAGAAUUUUCCUAUUAUAGACCAACUGAAGAAUUAUUAGAACUUUAUGCUAUUAAUGGAUGGAAUCUAAAUUUUGAAAGAAAUAUUUUCAAUGAAUUGACAUUUUCUUGGUUAAAAGGUAUUAUUGAAAAAGCUCAUAACUUGAAAUCAUUAGAACAUAAAGAUGUACCUCCUAUCCCUUCUGGACUAGAUAUGAACUCUUCUUACAAUGACUUUGAAAAAAAUUGGUCCCAUUCAUUAAAAUCUGGAGAAUCUUCUUUAGCAAAAUCUUUGUUAAGAACACAUAUUUUAAGGACAUGUUUUGGUGCUACUGUUGAUAUCUCCCAGGUGUUCUUUGGCUUUGCUCAAACUUUCUUAUUUCAAAGAUUUAUUAUUUGUUUCGAAUUAGCCGAAUCAACUCAAACUGAAAAUUCUUACAUCGUUGGUAUUGCUAUUGCUACAGGUAUGUUCUUAUGUACAGUUUUAAGAUACUUUCUUGUGAACAUAUAUUAUUCAAAUUAUUAUUCCAUUAAAUGCAAGCUUCAAGGGUCAUUAACAAAUAUGGUGUACAGAAAAUCCUUGAAACUUUCUCCAAAUGCAAGAAAGGAGAAAACCACAGGAGAAAUUGUGAAUAACUUAUCAAUUGAUGUUAACACACUUUCAGAGUUACCAAAAUUAGUAGAACUUGUUACGGGUUUUAUUAAAAUUGUUUUAACAUUGUUGUUUUUGACUAAAAUUUUGGGUGUGUCAGCCUUGUCUGGUUUCAUCUGUGCUUCUAUUUUGGUUCCUAUUACAACUAUGGUAAGUACUUCAAUUUCUUCCCUUUACAAUAAAAUAAUGAACAUUAGAGAUGAGAGAACCAAGCUAACUUCGGAGAUUUUAUCAUCUAUAAAGAUUGUUAAAUUAUAUUCUUGGGAACAAUCAAUGACGGAAAGACUUUUUCAAAUAAGAAAUAACAAAGAGUUGCCCCUUGGAAAAAGAAUUGGGAUCUUCAAUGCUUUAUCAAUGUUUUUAUGGUCUCUUGUACCCUUUUUUGUACCUUGUGCUUGUUUUAUAACAUUUGCAUAUGUAUCUUCAAUACCUUUGGUCCCUGCAAUUUGUUUUCCAGCUUUAUCACUCUUUGAUAUUUUAUCAUUCAAUUUACUCAUACUACCAGAUAUACUUUCCCAGUUUGUUGAAACAAAAGUUUCCUUAAAGAGAUUAGAAGAUUUAUUUUUGUUAGAAGAGUUGGAGUCAACUAAGUUUAAGAAUUCAUAUGGUCCAUUAGAGCCUAAUGAAACUUUGGUUAAAGUCAAUGAUGGUGACUUUUUGUGGAGUAGUGAAAAAAAUUCAAGUAAUCAAUCAACUGAAGAUUUUGCAUUGAAGGGCAUCAAUUUUGAAGCUAAAAAUGGUGAAUUGACAUGUAUUGUAGGUAAGACUGGAUCAGGUAAAACAUCCCUUCUUAGAUGCUUUCUUGGAGAAAUUCCUAUUAAGCAAAAGAGUGGUUCAAGUGUAUCAUUUAAUGGAAGUAUUGCUUACUGCUCACAAAGUCCAUGGAUCAUCAAUGCAAGUGUUAAAGAGAAUAUUCUAUUUGGUUACAAAUAUAAUAAGAAGUUGUAUUGGAAAACAUUAGAAGCAUGUCAACUUGUGGCAGAUUUAGAAGUUUUACCUGAUGGUGAUAAGACGAUUGUUGGUGAGAAAGGUAUAUCUUUAAGUGGCGGCCAGAAAGCUAGAUUAGCUCUAGCCAGAGCAGUUUACUCAGGGGCUGAUAUAUACAUUUUAGAUGAUAUACUAUCUGCUGUUGAUGCCCAUGUUGGUAAGAACAUCAUUGACAGAGUUAUUGGACCGCAAGGCUUAUUAAAUAAAAAGUGUAUAAUUUUAGCAACCAAUUCUAUAAAGGUGUUAAAGGAAGCUAACAACAUUAUCCUUUUAAAGGACGGAAGAAUAGUUGAAACGGGAAAUUAUCAAGAAUGCAAGCAAAAUAAUGGUGAACUUACAAGUUUAAUUGAAGAGUUUGGCCAUACUGAAGAACAAAUAAAUGAGACAACCAGUGAGGUACUAGAGCAUACUGCUUCCUACAUCCUGACUCAAGACGAUGUGAUAAGACUUGAUGGUUCUAAUGCUGCUGAAGAAAAUUUAAGGGAACAUAAUAUCGAGAGAAGAGGAAGUCAAGAACAAAGAAGACUCAGCAUGGUAUCUUUAGAACAUAACUAUGAAGAUGAUGAUGGAGUCGAGGAAGAGCACGAAAUAGAAAUAAAAGCUGAUAUUCACAAGGAAAAGAGUAACAAUGGUGGAAUUAACUUUUCAGUUUAUUUGCAGUAUUUUAAGGCUUGCAAUAUUUGGUCCAUUUUGUUUUAUGCAUUGACACAUAUCGGGACUAUGUUGGCAUUGAUUCUGUCAAACUAUGUCUUAAAAAACUGGUCUGAAGAGAAUUUGAAAUUUGGAUACAAUGCGUCACCAUCGUACUAUCUUUCCCUCUAUUCUGGUUUGGGUAUUACUGGGGGAUUAUUUGUUUUAGUGGGAUGUCUGGUAUUAUGUAUAUUUAGUGUGAUAAGGGCAUCAAAGUAUUUUCAUGAUACAAUGUGGCAUAAGGUUUUAAGAUCUCCCAUGUCAUUCUUUGAGGUUACUCCUGUUGGAAGGAUAUUGAAUAGAUUUUCAGAUGAUAUUAAUCUUUUGGAUGAUCAACUUAUUUGGUCUUGGAUAGGUCUUGCUAAUUAUGUAAUUGAGGCCUUUGGAUUUUUAACGGUUGUUAUUUAUAACUUACCUAUUAUGGUAGUGGUAAUUGUGAUUCUCUUUUUCAUUUAUAACAGCAUAAGAAUGUACUUUAUACCUGCAAGCAGAGAGUUGAAGAGAUUAACAAGUGUUAGUAAGAGUCCAAUAUUCUCUCACUUACAAGAGUCUGUGAUUGGAGUCGAAACUAUUAGAGCCUAUGAACAAGAGGAAAGAUUCAUUAAUAAUAAUAUAGCAAAAGGAAGUUUGUUAUUAAAAACCAUGUAUGCUAGUCUUUGCUGUUCUAGAUGGUUGUCAUUGAGAUUGCAAAUGAUGUCUUCAAUCAUGAUAUACUGCACUGCAUUGCUGAUAGUUUUUACAAUUGGAACUACUUAUAAGUUGACUCCAGGUUUGGUCGGGUUUGUAAUGAUAAGUGAAUUAAACAUUACAGCACUUUUGAAUUCUAUUAUAAGAUGUUGGGCCGAGGUUGAAACGAAAUCUGUGGCAGUAGAAAGGAUUAUAGAAUAUUGCAAGUUAGAACUGGAAGCUGAUUCUAUUAUUGAAAGCUAUAGACCUAAUUGCAGUUGGCCUAAUAAGGGUGCAAUUUCUUUUAAUAACUAUUCAACAAAAUAUAGAGACAAUUUAGAACCUGUUCUUCAUAAUCUAUCCUUUACUAUUAAACCUCAAGAGAAGAUCGGUAUUGUUGGUCGAACUGGUGCUGGAAAAUCCACUAUUGCUAUAUCUAUUUUCAGAAUAAUCGAAGCCUACAACGGUAAUAUAGAAAUUGAUGAUAUAAAUACAUCAAGCAUUGGACUCUAUGACUUAAGACUGAAACUAAAUAUUAUACCACAAGAUUCUCAAACCAUUGAAGGAAGUAUCAGACAGAAUCUUGAUCCUUUUGAGAAUCAUUCAGACGAAGAAUUAUGGAAGGCUUUAGAGUAUGCUCAUUUAAAAAAUCACGUUGAAAAGAUGAAAACUCCAAAGAAAAAUUCUAAUGAAUCUAGUAUUGAGUAUGAUGUAAGUUUAUCAGCCACUGUAUAUGAAGGAGGUUCAAAUUUAUCAUCAGGUCAGAAACAAUUAUUGUCAUUAGCUAGAGCUCUUUUGAAUAAAUCAAAUAUAUUGAUUUUAGAUGAAGCAACUGCUGCUGUUGAUGUUCAAACUGAUCAAAUUAUUCAAGACACUAUACGAUCUAAGUUUAAAGAUAAGACUAUUAUUACAAUUGCACAUAGACUAGAGACUAUCCUUGAUAGUGACAGAAUAAUUGUUCUUGAUAAAGGAAAUGUUAAAGAAUUUGAUACUCCACAAAACUUGUUAAAUGAUAAAUCUUCUGAAUUCUAUUCACUAUGUUCUAAAGCUUCAAUUAAAAUUUGAUAGUUAAAUUAAUAAUAAUACUCAUAUAA